AUGUCACCCUAUUCCCCCGAACUCCCCGCAUCGCCCGCCCCAAGCGAUACCCUAAAGCAGCACGACUACUCCCACUCCCGCUACACCUACCGCCAAGUGCAGCUUCUUCGCCAGGCGUCGACUACCUCCCAGCUCCGCGUGAUCGCCCAUAUUGAUCUCGAUGCCUUCUACGCGCAAUGCGAGAUGGUGCGUCUGGGGACGCCCCGCGCUACUCCCCUCGCCGUCCGACAAUGGGACUCCCUCAUUGCGAUCAACUACCCGGCGCGGGACUUCGGAAUCACACGCAUGAUUUCCGCGAAGGAUGCGAAGGUCAAGUGUCCGGGCAUUGUUCUGCAGCAUGUGGCGACCUUUCGUGAGGGGGAAGGUGGCAAGUGGGCGUACAGGGAUGAUGCGUUUAGAAAUAUGGGAACGGAUAAAGUCUGUCUUGACCCUUAUCGAGCGGAGUCGCGGAAGAUUUUGAAGGUUAUAAACGAUGAAUUGUUGACAUGGUAUACGCGGGUCGUGGAUGAUUUACACAGCGCGGGUGUGGAUAGCCGCGUUAAGAUACAGCAAACGCUGGUGGAGAAAGCGAGUGUAGACGAGGUGUUCAUUGACCUGUCGCCGCUGGUAUUUGGGGUCCUGCUUCAGCGGUAUCCUGAGCUGCGCGUGAAUCCGAAGGCGGACGAACGGACUACACUGUUACCUUGUCCUCCUACAACCGCGUUGGAAUGGAAGGAGGAAGAUUGUUUGGUGGGCUUGGAUGAACAUGAGACGGAGGGGGAUAAUCCGGAUUGGGACGAUAUUGCAAUGCUCAUUGGUUCUGAGAUUGUUCGGUCCGUUCGAGCUGCGGUUUGGGAGACGCUCAGUUACACCUGUUCUGCGGGAAUCGCUAAAAAUAAGAUGAUGGCGAAGCUCGGGAGCGCGUCCAACAAGCCGAACAAGCAGACUAUUGUUCGAAAUCGUGCAAUUAAAACAUUCCUUGGUGGAUUCAAGUUUACGAAGAUUCGAAUGCUUGGAGGCAAACUGGGUGACCAGGUCUCUUCCCAGUUCGGAACAGAGCAAGUCAGUGACCUGUUGCAAGUACCGCUGGAGCACUUUCGAGCGAAGCUGGAUGAUGACACUGCCAGUUGGUUGUACGGGAUUAUCCGAGGGGACGACCGAAGUGAGGUCAACCCUAGGACCCAGAUCAAAUCGAUGCUUUCCGCCAAAUCAUUUAGACCCAGCAUAAACAGUGUUGAACAGGGGGAGAAAUGGCUACGAAUCUUCGCUGCUGAUAUAUUCGGACGACUUAUCGAAGACGGGGUCUUGGAGAAUAAACGUCGUCCGAAAACGAUAACGUUGCACCAUAGACAAGGAUCCCAAGUGAGAUCUCGCCAAUUUCCUAUUCCGGGAUCGUCUCCUAUCGACGAGGCUUUGCUUUUCGAUCUUGGAAAGUCUUUGCUCAGACAGGUUGCAGGCGAUGGAACGGCAUGGCCGUGUGCAAACUUGUCGCUGAGCGUUGGUGGUUUCAAGGACGGAGUAACGAAAAAUAAGGCCAUAGAUAAUUUUCUGCUGAGAGGUGAUCAGGCUAAAAGUGCUGGCUUUUCUGGCCAGCUUCAUCCUCCGGAGGAGUUACCAAUUGCGCAGCAGCCUAGCGAGAAGCGAAGGAAACUCGACGACUCUGGGAUUAUGCGGUUUUUUAACAAGCCUUUUGCAUUCAACGACCGGGACUAUUCCCCUGAACUAGGACUGCCAGAACCCACGGGGGAUGGCGAACCAAAAAUUGGCGACUUUCAUUCGUCUGAUAUUGUCUCUCGUGAGGAUCCUACAGAACAAGCACUCUUGAGUACCCUCGCCUGCCCCCGUUGUGGAAAGACAAUUUGGCAAGACGAAGAAGACGAGCACAAUGACUGGCAUUUUGCAAAAGAUCUUGAAACACGCGAAAGACAAGCCACAAGGAGCUCUCCGCAACAUCCUCACUUGCCACCAAAAACAAGUGCAUCAAAUAGCCGGGCAAAAGUCUCUCGUGGUCGGGAUAAACCAGAAAAGGGCCAAACUCGACUGACUUUUGGCUGA